GGGAAAGCUUUGCAGACUACGCGACGGCUGCUAGAGGAGGAGUUGCAGACGUAUCUAGCAUGCAUCAGAGUUCUUCGUUUUCUUGCUUGUAUUUGUAAGAAGUUGUAGUUUAUGCAAUUUCUCAAGCAGCUUUGGAACGUCCGGGCAUUUAGGGCUGGUGUACCGGCCAUCAUGGCCAAUUUACGGCUGCCUUUCGACCCAGUCGAGCACGGACUUGACAAAGAUUUCCGCCUGACGAAAUUUACCCAGCUGAAAGGAUGAGGUUGCAAAGUGCCCCAGAAGGAGCUGCUCAAACUUCUGGAGGUACUGAGGGGGCACGAAGUGGGUGGGGACUCGACGGCAGUGGGAGUGGAGGAGGUUGGGACCGGGACAGGCGAUGGGACUCUUGCCCAGCUGCCGCAUUUUGGAAUUGGAAAUGACUGCUGCAUCAUACCACUCCAGUAUGGAGGGCUUUAUCUUGUUGAGAGCACUGAUUUCUUUUACCCACUUGUUGAUGACCCAUAUGUUAUGGGCCAGAUAGCUUGCGCCAACGUGCUGAGUGACCUGUACGCAGCGGGCGUCGUCCACUGCGACAACAUGCUGAUGCUGCUGGGCGUGCCACAGAAGUUCAGUGAUAAAGAACGGGAAACCGUCAUCCCUCUUAUGAUGAAGGGCUUCAAAGAUAAUGCCGACAAGGCGGGGACGAAGGUCAGAGGAGGUCAAACAGUCAUCAACCCCUGGCUGACGAUUGGUGGUGUUGGAACAAGUGUCUGCAUGCCGAACCAAAUAGUUUACCCUGACAAUGCCGUUGUUGGGGACGUCUUAGUCCUCACCAAACCCUUAGGCACCCAAGUGGCCGUCAACGCCUACCAGUGGAUGUCCAACCCGGAUGACUGGAAGAAGAUUAGCGCCGUGGUGACCAAGGAAGAAGUGGAGACUGCCUAUGAAGAGGCUAAAUAUCACAUGGCAGAUCUCAAUGUAGAAGCUGCCAGGUUAAUGAGCCACUACGGAGCCCACGGUGCAACCGACGUGACGGGCUUUGGCAUCCUGGGACACGCGGAAAACCUUGCCCAGAUCCAACGCAAUGAAGUCAAGUUCGCCAUCCACAACCUACCCAUCAUUUCCAAGAUGCCUUCUGUGGCGAAAAGUGGCGGGGGCAUGUUCAAGUUGCUCCAGGGAUACUCUGCCGAAACAUCAGGCGGGCUUCUGAUAGCUUUUCCCAGGGAGCAAGCUGCAGAUUUCUGCAAGGAGAUGGAGAAGCUAGGGAAGACGGCUUGGAUCAUUGGCAUCGUGGAGAAGGGAGACCGUACGGCCCAAAUCAUUGACAAGCCGCGCAUCAUUGAGGCUCCUAACAGAACCACAUAGUGCCCUCAAACCCCUCGUAUUGGUCACAGGCAGGAUUUUUAUUCCCCUAUUUUGCAGCCAGUCCCGCAGCAGAUGCCGUUAAGUUGCCGUUGCGGUGGAGGUCUCUAUCAACCAGAUGAAUGAAAUCUAGUCUUGGCAAUAUUGGCAGCGCUACCCAGGAAAUUCUGAGCGUACCUCAUGCGCAUGCAUUAGCUUGAAUAUAGCGCUCGCAAGGUAUGCUCAGAAUUUUCCUGGGUAGCGUUGCCAAUGUUGCCAAGACUCGAUUUGAUUCAUCUCAUUGACAGAGACCUUGUCCGUCACGGACCGGCUGUUUAAGGGGAAUAAUCCAAAUCUGGUCUUGGACCAACCCUACCCUACUCCCCCUCCACCCACUGUGCCCCACUUCUCCCUACCCUACCCUCCACUCCCCCCACCCCCCCCCCCCCCCACCCCAGUGGUCCUUCGACCAAUAGGGUUUUCAAAUUACAUGUGUGCCUCAAAUUAAAAACACAUGGUACAUGCAUGUGCAUCUAGUGCUACCUCAGUUCUAGCGAUCGCCAGAUUAGUCUAUAAUGGUGCAUCUGUCUUUUUAGAGAAAGACUUUUUUUUUACCCACACUGAGGAAGUCCUUUCUGACGACGAAAAAGUUAUCAGAUUUUUAAAUCACGAAUGGAAAAAGUUGUGAAAAUACCCUCAUUGGAAUGUGAAACCUCAAAUGGAGGGAGAAUCAUACAAGACAGUUUUUAAGCUAAUGUUUCUGAUAAUACUUAUCUUGAUGAUAUGACAACAGAAAUCAGAAUUAUUUUAAAGCUUUUGAUUCGCUUAUACACAUUCUUGUGCAGCUCGUUCAAACUCCAUUUCCUUCAACUCAAGAUUAAUUUUUUAGGAGUUCCAUUCUCAGAAAGUAGGUGCAAUAAGCUUUAAAUUAAAAAAAAAAAUCUACACUACCCACCAUUAUUUUUGCAGUUAUACAUUGAUUAGUUUUUGAACUAAAUAACUUAUCAAGUGAUUGUUGUAGAAAGAAGUUUACUUGGCUUUGGCUAUAAUUCUGAGAAUUAGCACAAACAAGUUAAGAUGAAAUCAGUAUGCAGUAUUUAAAUUUUUAUGAGAAUUUUUAUAGUAAUAAUGACAUUUAUAUAAAGGCCAGAAAAGUGCAAGCAAACUGGUGAACCAAAACUUGCUUGCAAAAUAAUGUUUGCGCCUACUGGAUAAUAGUACAUGAAAACAAAUUGUUUGCAUGAUAUUAUCUAUAUUACGACUCUGUUGUAAAAAUGGUUAUUGUGAUCUUUUAAUAUCAGCGGAACAAUGUACGUGUACAGAAAAAAUUGCCUGACCAUGUAUAAAUUGCACAACAUAGGAAAUAUCUCCGAAAUUUCAGAAAUUUACUGUUCGUAGUAUUGUUCUAAACGUUAAAAAUAUCAUUUAAAAGUAAGGAACAACUUAAUUUCAAUGCUGUCAGCUGAAAUUAUUGUUUUUAAUCCUUAAACGAAAAGUAUCUGGAAAAAAAAAAUCAUAAAAUUCACUAAAGUUGAUGUUGAAAAAAGACACUCUGAUUUGAAAACAAUUUGUCCCAGUCCAACUGGCCAGGGAUAAUUUCCUCACCCAGAAGGUUUGAGCAGCUUCUGGGGUAGGCGAUUGCACCCAUGGUACCCAGUUGGGUGGCAGAUUGGAUCCCAGUUUACCCCCUUUCCUCUGUGAGUGUUCUCCAUGAAACCUAGUCGGGAACCCACGGCUGCAUGCCCUGGUCUGGCUUGGUGGAUAGACUGAAGUCGGAACACUCAUAGAUUUACGGUGCUGAAGUUACAAUUGGAUGAUUUUGUUUUGUAAUCAGAGUGUCGUUUCAUCUGCAUUUUGUUGAUUAUGAUUUUGUCAGCAGAGGAAAUAAAUGAUUGAGAUAUUUUGAGGA